AUGAAAAAGCUAUCUCAAGGCAUAAUUGCAGUAGGAGCUCUUUAUAUAAAACUCAUUUUAGUAACAGCAACUAUAUAUAGAAUGAAUGAGUAUAUAGCAGAAAACAAUGGCAUAUAUACCAAUAGCAAAACAAGAAUCGUUGGAGAUAAUGUUUCGCCACAAAAUGCUACUUUUUCAACUCAGUCAAAAGAAUAUAUGAAAGAUUCUUUAGAUAUGCUAGAACAUGAAGCGGAUAAAUAUAAUGAUAAUGAUGAAGAAAUAUCAAACAAUAUCCCAAAAGAAAAGAGAAGUAUAAAUACAGAUCAAUCUUAUGUCUGGAAGGAACUAAAAGAGCACACAUCGAAUCUUAAAUUGGAUAGAAAAUCAUUAUAUAAUUUAAUAGAAACGUACAAAAAAAUAAUUAUAGCAUUAUAA